AUGGAAGAGCAAGGCCAGAACGACGAGCUGUAUCCCAUUGCGGUCCUCAUAGAUGAGCUCAAGCACGACGAUGUACUGCUACGAUUGAAUGCCAUCCGCAGACUGUCCACCAUCGCGCUAGCGCUCGGCCCGGAGCGAACGAGAGACGAAUUGAUACCCUUCCUUGAUGAGUCUGUUGAGGAUGAAGACGAGGUGCUGACCGCCCUGGGAGACGAGCUUGGCAACUUCGUCGAGUACGUUGGAGGCCCAGAGCAUGGGCACGUGCUCCUUUCCCCCUUGGAGAAUCUCGCAACAAUAGAGGAGCCACUCGUGCGCGAUAAGGCCGUUGAAUCAUUGAACAAGAUUUGCGACCAGCUCUCCCAACAGCAGGUUGAGCAGUACUUCAUCCCCCUCACCAUCCGCCUCUCGAAAGCCGACUGGUUCACAUCCAAGAUCUCCGCCACUGGUCUUUACAACACGCCAUACACCCAUGCCACAGCACAGUCGCAGGAAGGCCUGAGACAACAAUUCGCGCAGCUCGUGCACGAUGACACACCCAUGGUCCGCAGACAGGCGGCUAACAACCUUGCCAAGUUUGUCAAGAGCAUGCCGGCAGCGGUCGUCAUCGAGGACAUGAUUCCGUUGUUCCAGCAUUUGGCACAGGAUGAUCAAGACAGCGUGCGACUAUUGACUGUUGAGGUGUUGAUUGCCAUUGCAGAGGCAGUACCGAAGGAGCAGCAGACCAGCCACGCCGUGCUUCUGACAGCAUUGCGAAGUCUGUUCGAGGACAAAAGCUGGAGAGUCAGAUAUAUGGUGGCCGACCGAUUCGAGAAGAUUGCGAAGGCAGUCGACGAGGAGGUCAUUGCAAGAGAUCUGGUACCAGCUUUCGUCAAGCUUCUGAAAGACACCGAGGCCGAAGUCAGGAGCGCAAUUGCUGGUCAAAUACCGGGCUUCUGUCAGCUUGUGGACCGACAGGCACUUCUCCGCGACAUCAUGCCAGCCAUCGAAGAUCUCGUAUCCGACUCUUCUCAGCAUGUACGCGCAGCCUUCGGCAACCAGAUCAGCGGCCUGGCGCCCAUCCUCGGGAAGCAGGAGACCACCGAACAUCUCCUCCCAAUGCUGCUGCAAAUGCUCAAGGACGACUUCCCUGACGUUAGACUGAACAUCAUCUCGAAGCUCGAGCAGGUGAACAAUGUUAUUGGCAUUGAGCUCCUGUCGCAGUCCCUUCUUCCUGCCAUCGUGCAGCUCGCGGAAGACAAGCAGUGGCGCGUCCGACUGGCCAUCAUCCAGUAUGUACCACUGCUCGCGUCGCAGCUUGGCGUGAAGUUCUUCGAUGAGAAGCUCAGCAGUCUCUGCAUGUCCUGGCUCGGCGAUACUGUCUUCAGCAUCCGCGAGGCAAGCACACAGAACCUCAAGAAGCUCACCGAGGUCUUCGGCGUAGAGUGGGCCAGCGAGGCGAUAGUGCCAAAGGUUGCUGCAAUGGCUGAGCACCCCAAUUACCUCUACCGCAUGACGACAUGCUUCGCAGUGUCCAUUCUCGCGCCUGCACUUUCUUUGCCAGUCCUGGCGCAAUCUGUGUUGCCAAUUCUGAACCAACUCGUCGCAGAUCCCAUUCCCAACAUCCGCUUCAACGUGGCAAAGUCGUACGCUGUCCUCAUCGACAUCCUGAAACGGCUGCCAGACGAUCAGAACACCACAAUCGUCGAGCUGGAGAAGAAGGGCUCGACAAAUUUCCCUGGCAGCGAGCGCGGCGCACAACUCAUCAGAGAAGAGGUCAUUCCCCCACUCGAGAAGCUGAUGCAGGACGACGAUGUGGAUGUGAGGUACUUCGCAACUACGGCCAACAAGGCCUGGACUGACACAGAAAACGCCAUGGAGACUUAG